AUUCAGAAAUGCACAUCCCACAAAUUAUAACGGCAUGGUUUAUUGUCGUCGUUAUAUUGUACAAUGACGUUUAUGGUUUUGGAUACAGUAAGAGAGAACAACAUUUGUGGCCGCAGAAAUACGAAUCAUGCGCAGGAAAACUACAAUCACCAGUGGCUAUAUCCACAUCAAAGGCGGUCGUUUUACCAUUUCCAGCUCUUGAAAUAAUCGGUUAUCAUGAUUUUCUUCCAAUGCCGCAAAUAUUAACGAAUAAUGGACAAACAGUCAAGCUUACUAUGGACAAAAAUGCGACAAAAAUACAGGGAAGAUUGCCGUAUAUAUUCGGAGGCAUAUUGAAGCAAAAUCAACAAUAUGAAAUGGAACAAUUGCACUUUCAUUGGGGCAUAAAAAAUAAUAGAGGUGCCGAACAUGUAUUAAAUGGUAUAAGAUAUCCAAUGGAAAUGCAUAUUGUACAUCGCAAUAUGGCAUAUGUCAACAUUUCGCAUGCAUUGCAGCAUGAGGAUGGUGUAGUCGUCGUAGCUGCUUUCUUUCAGUUGCAAGAUGAAGACAAUGAGCUUCUUCAACCUUUCAUAAGAAAGUUACCAGAUGUGCAAUGGGCACAUACAGAGCUGUCGGUCAAUAUAUCUCUCGCUUUAGCAUCCUUGAUACCGUCAAACACCGAUAUCUUUUAUACAUACAAAGGCUCUCUCACUACUCCACCUUGUAGCGAAGUAGUCACCUGGAUAAUUUUCGCCAUUCCAGUUCCGAUAUCCUUCCGUCAGAUGAACACGUUUCGGAAACUCUCAAACGGCGAGGAAACAUUGGGCGAUAAUUUUAGACUAUUGCAAGAUAUCGGUCAACGUAAAAUAUAUAUUAGAAGAUUAGACCCAUCACUCUCGACAAAAGAUGAUUUGCGAUUAAAUUUUGCAAACUUAAGUUGGUUUUGGUUGUAACACGUAACACGUUUUGG